GCUGUAUAACGAUGGCGGGAAAAAUUAAGUAAAUACUCGCGUGUGAAGAGCUUUUGACAAGUAUGUGGAAAUAACAAUUUACUAAGUAGAAAUAGCUAUAUAGUUUAUAUUUAUAACUCACAUACAGUAAAUCUAAACUUCUAUAAUGCCUGGUCCUGUUUCAUCGUCUGAAUCUGAUAUGUCAUCAGAUGAUGAGGCUUAUAGAGCACCUGUACAUACUUCACCUAGAAAAUCUGUUAAAAAGCCUGGACCAAAAGCAAAAAGAAAACCUUUAGCUUCAAAUCCUGGUCCUUCUAGUAAAAGAUCAUCACAGACAGAUGAUGAUGUCGUACGUACAUCUACACCUGCUAGAGUCGAUGUUUCUCCAUUUUCAGUAAAAUUAUCUUCGAAGAAGGGGAAAGGAAAUCCAGGUCCAUCUAAAGGAAAACGAAUAGUACCUUCAGAAGAUUCUGAAGACGAAGAGUCUGAACAAAGAAUGCAGGUUCAAAAACAAGCUGCAAAAAGGCCUAGAACGUCUCCCAGUUCUCAUGGCCAGAAUCAGCCAUCUACAAGCAGACAGGCAGAUAUAGAUGAAGAAAGAUGGCAUGAUACUUCUCAACGACGAGGGGGCGGCAACUCUGUACAACACAUACGACCCAUUCCUGUUGUGUCAGCCUCCUCUGGCAGAAGGAGAAGAAGAAAACCGGGUACGGUUGCACUACGGGAGAUAAGAAAAUUUCAGAAGACUACGGAUUUGCUGAUACUAAAACUGCCCUUUUCUCGAGUUGUAAGAGAAACUUUGCAGGAGAUAAGUGCUACAUCCCACUCUUGGCAAAGGAAGGCAAUAGAAGCAUUACAGGAAGCCACAGAAUACUAUCUUGUGGCCCUCUUUGAGGAUGCCCAGUUGUGUGCUUUUCAUGCUGGUCGUGUUACAGUCAUGGUAAGGGAUGUUCAGUUAGCCAGACGUAUCUAUGCCCGUCAUGGUGGUUUCUGAGUCAUCUAAUCUUAGAAAAUGUACAGUCAUAGACAUAAAAUUACUGUCUAUAUAAGUGCCUAUUUGUUACUCAAUCUGUAUUAAAACUUCAGUUAAUUUUUUAGGAUUUUAAUGUACAUAUAUUGUAUUUCAAAAUAAACUUCAUUUUUUUAAUUAAAAAUUUUAGCUCAAUUCAUGUAAUUUUGAAAUUUAGGUCAUCAAGUUUUAAAUUUUAUCAGUAUUUUUGGAUAUUAAUGUGGAUGGAUAUACACAAGAUAAAUCUAUGCAUGAGGGUAAUUGUAUUUUUUCCCCUAUGGUAUUUGCUAAAUCGAGUGAUAGCCAUGGACAAAUUCAAAGCAUCUUUGAAAAUUUAUCAGUUUUUCUGUAAAGUGAGGAUGUAAAUAUAUUUCAUAACAUUGUCAUGUGUGCAUCAAAAUUAUUUCAUUACUUUGAGUCAUUUUAUAUUUAUAAAUACUCUUUGUUCUUAUUUAUUUCUGCUGUUUUUUUAAAAUUCUCAUUGUGUUUUAUCAUUAAAUUAUAUAAUAGGAAACUAUUUGAUUAAUUAAAUGAGUUUGCAUAAAAACAUGAUUCAUUAAAUUCUUUUGAAGAUAAUAAGAGUUGAGUUUAUUACUUUUAUUGGAGCUUUAUUUUAAGUUUAAUUUUUUUAUAUAAUAUCUAUAUUUGAUGUAGGUCCAUGUAGAUAUUAGAUAAAUGCCAAUUUGUUGGUAUAAGUGUAAUUUAAUUUUUUUAAUUUGUUAAUAAUAUGUAAUUUUUUUAAAUGGUCCUAUUGUCUAAUCAUAAGUUGUGAUUAUGUAUUCUUGAACUUGCACCAUUUGAGACCAUUUUUUGAACAAAAAAAUUGUAUCCAUAACUUUAUUUCAAAUUUUAUUUUUUAUAUCUUCUUUUUCCCUGCCUUUAGAUUCAGAUACAGUUUAUUUCAAUUAUGGAAUUUAAAGAAAGAAAACUAUUAAAUAAGAAUACAUCAAAAGUUGAUGUGUAAUUUCUUAAAUUUAGGUAUACAGAAAAUGAGGUACUUGAACAGUGUAUGAUUCACUUACUUUAUUUUUUGUUUAUUGAUAACUGAUCAAUUUUCUUGUAUUU